UUUGACAUAUUUGACAAUUCACAAUAUAUACUGGAGAUCAUUUUGUUGAUUAAUGAUCGUGUGAUUUGUUUCACUCACAUUGUGGAAUAUUCGCAUACAAAACACAAUUUUAUAAAAAUUUAGGCGACGAGGUGGCCCUAUAAGAUUGACAUUAUUUAGCAGGCUAGAAAAUGGGUGAGCGCAAAGGACAGAAUCUGUAUUAUCCCCCCGACUAUGACCCUAAGGUCGGGGGGCUAAACAAAUUCAUGGGCACACAUGCAUUGCGAGAAAGAGCCAGGAAACUUCAUAUGGGGAUCCUGAUCAUCCGUUUUGAGAUGCCCUACAACAUCUGGUGCGAAGGAUGUAAGAACCACAUUGGAAUGGGAGUCAGAUACAACGCUGAGAAGACCAAAAUUGGAAUGUACUACACAACUCCGGUGUAUCAGUUUCGAAUGAAAUGUCAUCUAUGUGACAAUCAUUUUGAAAUAAAAACUGAUCCAGGGAACUUAGACUAUGUGAUAGUAUCAGGAGCAAGAAGGCAGGAAAAUCGCUGGGACCCUACAGACAAUGGCCAGAUUGUACCGGAAACUAAGGAGGCCCAAAAGAAACUAUUUGAUGAUGCUAUGUUUAGACUGGAACAUAAGACUGGAGAUGAGGAAACUGCUAAACUUGAUAACCCAAGGUUGGGGAGGCUGGUGGGGAGGAAUGAGUCUGUGUGGAAGGAUGAUUAUGAAGCUAAUUGUUCCUUGAGGAGGAACUUUAGGAAGAGAAGAAAAGAACUAGAAGAAUCAUCAGUCAAUGACAGUCUACUGCUAGCUAAAUCUUCUCUUGACAUAAGUCUUCUACCAGAGAAUGAAGAUGACAGAAACAUGGCGUCUCUCCUCUCCCUACGACCUUCAAAGAGUGUAGAGGAAUCCCAAACUCAAACUAGAAGUAAGAUCCUUAAUACACCUGCUUUGCCAAGUUCCACUGGAUUACUGACCAGCUUUGGAGGACUCAAAAAAGAAGAAUCAUUGUCUAAAAGUACUUCACUUACUAGACAAGGCCUAGGUAUUACACUUAAAAAGAGUAAAAUUCAAAAUAAGAAUGGUACAGAUAAUAAAAUAAGUGAGACUAAAGAGGAUUCCAAAUUAGAACAAAAACUUAUUACUGAAAGUAAUGAUUUAAAAGAUAGCAUUAAAAUAAAUAGUGAAGUUCCUAAUGUUCCUAAUAAACAUGAGAAUGAUGACAAAGUAGACCAAAAGAAGAUAGAUAUUUUAAAUAUUAAGAAAGAUGAAGUCAAGAAUACUUGUGCUAAUAAUAUUGCCGUAGACAAAGUAGAUGCUAAAAAUGUAUCCUUGGUUGGAGAUUACAGCUCUAGUGACGACAACUCUGAGUAAGUCUAUGGGACUUUAAUAAUAAAAGACUUUAAGUCUAUUAUUAUGCUCACAAUUAAAUGGUCUACUAGUCAUCUUUUUUAU